CACUCCCUCUUGCAAAGAUGGCUCUCGUUUUCUUGCUCCUCUUUUUGUUUUCUCUUUGUCUCCUUUUCCUCCCCAAAAGGUUAUGGCGUUAUUACAACCUAUGCAAGGCAAUGAGAAAGCUUCCCGUUAUGGCACCUCCACACUGGUUCUGGGGACAUGCUAACUUUGUUGAAUUCAGCCAGUCUUUUGCUACUAAAGCUUAUGCGUGGAGGACAGAAAACAACAUUGACAUAAAUUGCUUUUGGUUAGGACCUUUUAGAGCAUUUGUAAUGCUUCAUGCACCAGAGCACUUCAGAACUGUCAUAAAAAAUCCAAAGUCACCCGAUGCUUAUGCAAUGUUGGAGCCUUGGUUAGGACGAGGAUUAUUAAUAGAAAAUGGCUCACGUUGGUUAAGGAACAGGCGCUUGUUGACACCUGCUUUUCAUUUUGAUGUCCUUAAACCUUAUGUACAUGUAUAUAAUGACUGCACUGAUAUACUGCUGAGUAAAUGGAAGAGGAGUGCACUGAAUGGAGAAACAGUUGAAGUAUAUAACACAAUCAAUCAGUUAACGCUGGACGUCAUAUUACGCUGUGCUUGCUCACACUUUAGCAGCUGUCAGGAGAAAGGGAAAGUUGAUCCUUAUGUUGAUGCUGUUCUUGAAAUUUGUAAUCUCUCGGUUUCACGCUUCAUGAACCCAGUACUAGCUGCGAGUAACGACUUUAUUUAUUUUUAUUUAACGCCACAAGGCUGGAGGUACAGAAGAGCACUUAGGGAAGCUCAUAAACACUCGGAAAAGAUAAUAAAAGAGAGGAAAGCUGUUUUGAUGAAUGAGGGAAGACAAGAAAGAAUAGCCAAAUCAAAGUUGAAGUGUUUAGAUUUCCUUGACAUCUUACUCCUUGCUAACAAAGAAAGAAAAGAUGGUGAUGGAUUGAGUGAUCUUGAGAUUCGUUAUGAAGUUGAUACGUUUGUAUUUGAAGGAUAUGAUACAACAGCAAAUGCUUUAACGUGGAUGCUGUAUUAUUUGGCAAAGUAUCCUGAGAUUCAAGAGAAAUGUAGAGAAGAAGUGAGAGAUGUACUUAGAGGAAGAAACCAACUUGACUAUGAUGAUUUAAGCAAGCUACAAUACACUCAGUGCUGCAUUAAAGAGGCAAUGAGACUCAAUCCUCCAGUUUUCAAUAUCGUCCGUUCUCUUACUGAAGAUAUUACGAUAGGAGGAUACUACAUACCAAAAGAGGCAGAUGUUGUCAUAGACAUAGGGGGAAUACACAGGAGUCCAAAUGUAUGGGAGAACCCAUUGGAAUAUAAUCCCCUAAGGUUUCAUCCUGAUCAUGCAAAAGACCGAGAUCCUUUCUCCUAUGUUCCUUUCUCUGCUGGACCAAGGAAUUGUAUUGGUCAGAAUUUUGCAUUUAACGAAGAGCAAGUUGUCAUUGCGUCAAUACUGAACAAGUUUUCACUAGAAAUCCGAGAUGAAAGAAUAAAACAGCAACUUGACUUCCUUCCUCUUGUACUUCUCCGACCAGCCGAAGAACUACAUCUUAAAUUGACACUAUUGUCACAAUAAGGAGACACAAGUUAUCACUAUAUUAUUAUUUUAGAGUUUGUAUUGAGACCCAAAAUGUAUUGAAUUAAACUUUAUAAUUAUUGACAUGCUUUUAAAUAAGAACAAGUAAAAUAAUA